AUGCAGGACAUGCAGCUCAAGCUGGUGCUGAUCCGGAGCGUCACCGAGGUCAGCCGGGCCGUGCGGGUGGCGGGGGGCUCCCGCGGCGUGGAGCUCUGCCGCAAACGGGAGCUGCUGGACACCUUGCUGGGCUUCGUGCAGGGGGAGCCCCGGGAUCGCCUGGCGUCCCCCGUGCGCCAGGAAGCGUUUGUGGCCGUGGGGCACUUGAGCAAACUGAAGCCAUCGCUGAGCCGGGAGGAAAACCGCGACCUCCUGGAUCAGUGUGUGCGGAGCGUGAUGCCCCUGCCUGCCCUGGAGCCGGCGGAAGAGGAGGGGGCAACAGUGGCAGACGCUCUGCACGUGCAGCACGCGCUGCGCUCUGCCCCUGCGGUCGAGCUGGGCGUCUCCGAGCGCGGCCCAACGCCCGUCCUUCUCCCCGCGCUCAGGGUCUGCACGCGCGGACCAUGGGGGCUCUCGGCGAGCUGGUGA